CAAGAUUCUACAGGCAUCUUUACUCAUACUCCCCAAAAUGGAAGAGAGCAAUUAUUACAUGAUGAACAGGAGCCACAUUCCAGCAUUUGGUAGCUGGGAAUCAUGUAACACAGAUGAAUUUCCAAUUCCUUUCACACAGUGCUUUGAAUCAGCUAGGCAAGUUGACUUGCUUCGUUACAGUUACUCUGAAGACCGUGAUUUGUACGUGGCCGGAGAUCUCUACCAGAAUGAUAUUCUCACUCCUGCCAUGAUCGUCGUACCUCGUCGUAAGAGAAAAGUAACUAGUAAUGAAGCGGUUGGGAAAAAAGCAGGAACGGAGGAGGGGUGGGUGAUGUGCAAUUGUGAAUAUGAUGAUGAAGUGAAAAAAGCAGCAAGUCCUGUUCCAGCACCACCUAAAAGGGCAGCCAAAGCAGUAGAUGAAGAUCUCUACAAAAUAUCCCCAACAUUGCUCCACUCUAAACCUAAAAGGAAAGGCGUUAGGGGAUUUUUUUCGAGUUGCUUGCUGCCAACUUGUGCGUCUUGAUCCUCAACGAAAGAAGAUUCAGAACAUAAAGGAUUGAAUAUGAUUAGUAUAUAGAUGUUUGAAGUAUUUUCUUGGGUUUUUAGCAGUCCUAAAAUGGCAUAUAAACAGAUAGAAUAUUGGCCAGCUCAAGAAGACAAAUAUCCAUCAUUAUCUUAUGAUGAUGAUAACUGAGAGUUCCUUCUCUACUCUAUGGGAGAGUUAUGUAUUACUUAGUCAUGUCUUUAUUGGUAAUGUUUGCCAAAGUAUCCUUGUGGGUUCUUUUUCUUACUUUUCUUUUAUUCUCUGUGAAAUGCAAAUGUCCCUCACAGGUGGUGGAAAGUUUUUUCUUC